AUGGCCAAGCUGGUGGAAUGUGUCCCCAACUUCUCAGAGGGGAAUAACAAAGAGACGAUCGAUGCGAUGGCACAGGCCAUCUCCCAGACACCAGGAUGUGUGCUGCUGGAUGUGGAUGCCGGCGCCUCCACCAACCGCACCGUCUACACCUUUGUGGGGUCCCCUGAGGCCGUGGUGGAAGGGGCACUAAGUGCGGCCCGUGUGGCUGGGCAGCUCAUUGACAUGAGCCAACACUCAGGUCAGCACCCUCGGAUGGGGGCCUUGGAUGUCUGCCCCUUUGUACCAGUGAGGAAUGUCAGCAUGGAGGAGUGUGUCACCUGCGCCCACAUCUUCGGGCAGCGCUUGGCAGCAGAGCUGGGUGUGCCUGUUUACUUGUAUGGAGCGGCGGCACGGGACAAGAGCAGGGAAGCUCUGCCCUCCAUCCGCGCUGGCGAGUAUGAGGGACUCGCUGAGAAGCUUGCAAAACCAAUGUGGGCUCCUGAUUUUGGGCCCCCAACUUUUGUCCCCCGGUGGGGGGCCACAGUGACAGGUGCUCGGACCUUCCUUAUUGCAUACAAUAUCAACCUGCUGUGCACAAAGGAGCUGGCUCACCGCAUCGCCCUCAACAUCCGUGAGCAGGGCCGUGGCGCUGACCAGCCCGGGCGCUUGAAGAAGGUGCAGGGCAUCGGCUGGUAUUUGGAGGAGGAGAACAUGGCCCAGGUCUCAACGAACCUGCUGGAUUUUGAGACCACGCCACUCCACACCGUCUAUGAGGAGAUAUGCCGAGAUGCACAGGAAUUGAAUCUCCCUGUGGUGGGGUCUCAGCUGGUGGGGCUCAUUCCCAAGAAGGCUGUGCUGGAUGCAGCUGAGUUUUACAUCAAGAAGGAAAAGCUCUUCAUCCUGGAGGAGGAACAGAAGAUCAGACUGGUGGUCAGUCGGCUGGGCCUGGACUCACUGUCUCCAUUUCACCCCCGGGAACGCAUCAUCGAGUACUUGGUGGAGGCAGGAGAGGUGGACGGAGGGCUGGUGGCCAAGCCACUAGGUGCCUUUGUGCGAGCAGUUGGAGCAAGGUCAGCGGCGCCGGGAGGAGGCUCCGUGUCUGCAGCUGCAGGAGCUCUGGGAGCAGCGCUGGGCAGCAUGGUGGGGCUGAUGAGCUAUGGGAAGCGGCAGUUUGAGGACCUGGACCCCAUCAUGAGGAAGCUGAUCCCCCCUUUCCACCAGGCCAUGGAAGAGCUGGUGGCAAUGGUGGAUGCCGACUCCCGUGCCUUCAGCAGCUACAUGGAAGCCAUGAAGCUGCCCAAGGACACCCCUGAGGAGCAGGAGAGGCGCACAGCUGCCAUACAGCAGGGGCUGAAGACAGCCGUGGGGGUACCCUAUGGCCUGGCAGAGAAGGUGAGCGGGCUCUGGCCUGCUCUGAAGGAGCUGGCACAACACUGCAACCUGGCCUGCAAAUCUGACAUCCAGGUGGCAGCCAAAAUGCUGGAAGCGGCAGUAUUCGGAGCCUACUUCAAUGUCACGAUCAACCUCAAGGACGUCUCGGACGAAAAGUUCAAGCGUGUGAUGUCAGAGAAGGUCUCCGGACUGCUGGAAGAGGCAAAGCAAGGCUCGGCGGUCGUGCUGGCACUACUGGACAAGCGGGUGGCCUGA